AUGGCGAACGACCGCCUUCGCACUCAGAAACUUCUUUCACUGGGAAUCUCCUAUCCCUUCUGGGUCUUCGACGUCGACCAAGCCGUCUGGCCUCGGAAAGUCGCCGAUACUCUCCCAGGUAGCCGCCCGGCCAAGCUCGUCGGUUGGUACCCUUGGGCUUGGGAAUAUGGUACGGAUGUCCGUCGAUUCGACGAUUCCUUGCCAACAGGCGUUAUUUACUCGAGGGAGAGGAAAGGGCUAGUGCCCGCACAAAGGUUGUUAGAACAAUUGCGGUAUGAUCCUUCGUUUGAUGCAAAGGGGUUUCGGGUGGUGUACGAGGGAAAUGGGCUUUUGUCGAAGGGGUUUGAUGAAUGGGUGUUUGAAGAAGAAGCGGCGGGUUUUGUGUCCGCACGAAGGGUCGUGAAAGUGGAGCGGGUAUGGGAUGGGGUGCCGUUCUGGGACCGGGAGACAGGUAUCGACUUGUUUGGGAAGACAGGGGAAAAGAAAGAUGUCGCGUAUGGAAUGGCUUCGCUUGUUCUUAAUGAUAAGGAGUUGGUUCAUGCGACAGGUGUGCUAAGCCGAGCUGAUGGAAGCAAGAUUCGAAGGGCAGAGUUUGAGUUGUUGGAUGGGGAUGGAGAACAGAUACAGGGGAUUGUGUUUCCCGAAAGGCAUCAGAAAGAGAGAGGGCUAUAUAUCACUCGAGGACCUGACUUUCCUUCGAACCGCAUGGUACUCGCGGGGACUACUUUGGAAGGUGCACCUUGGUCGGAGGUUGAGAAGUAUGUCUACGGGGAAAGGAGUUGA